AAUGCUUUCAUUCGCCUGUCAGUCUGUUUAUGAAUGAAAAAACAUGGUGGUCUAGUUUUUAAUCAAAUUUGCUAAAACAUUAUUAGAUUUUCCUUUGAAGGUUUAUUUGUGAUCGAUAGUAAUUAUGCCACUAGCAAACUCCUCAGAUCCAUGGCGAAUGCAGAAUGUUGGAGACAACAGGGGUCAGACAGCCAACAGUCUUCCAAUGGUCGUGGAGAACUCGGCCGAGUCGCGUCAGGCGUCCACAGCAGAUAGCCUGGAUUCCGCCGCCGAGAUCAGCUGUGAGAGAGAGGUUGAACUACAGGAUGUUGUCAAAGAGGGCCACGAGAAAGCAGACCCGUCUCAAUUUGAAUUGCUCAAAGUUCUUGGAGAAGGUUCCUUUGGAAAAGUUUUCCUAGUCCGAAAAGUAACUGGUGCUGAUUCAGGCACACUCUAUGCAAUGAAGGUACUUAAAAAAGCUACCCUAAAAGUGAGAGAUAGAGAACGUACAAAAAUGGAGAGAAAUAUAUUAGUAGACAUGGGCCAUCCAUUUAUUGUAAAAUUACACUAUGCAUUUCAAACUGCUGGAAAACUUUAUUUAAUAUUAGAUUUUUUACGUGGCGGCGACUUGUUCUCAAGACUUAGUAAAGAGGUAAUGUUCACAGAGGAGGAUGUUAAAUUUUAUUUAGCGGAGUUAGCUUUAGCGUUAGAACAUGUGCACAAAUUGGGCAUUAUAUACAGGGAUCUAAAGCCAGAGAAUAUUUUGUUAGAUGCAGACGGUCACAUUGCACUUACUGACUUUGGCUUAUCUAAACUUCCACCAAGUAGUGAUAAAGCUUACAGCUUCUGUGGUACAGUUGAGUACAUGGCACCAGAAGUUGUCAAUAGAAGAGGUCAUACAUUUGCUGCGGAUUGGUGGUCUUUUGGAGUACUUAUGUUUGAAAUGUUAACUGGAAAUUUGCCAUUCCACGGUUCUACGAGACACGAAACAAUGACGCAAAUAUUAAAAGCAAAGCUUGGUAUGCCAUCCAACUUGAGUGAGGAAGCACAAUCUUUACUUCGAGCGUUGUUCAAACGGACACCACAAAAUAGGCUAGGAGCGGGCCCAAAUGGUAUAGAGGAUGUGAAGAACCAUGAGUUCUUUGCAAAUAUAGACUGGGAUGCUCUGUUGAAGAAAGAGGUAAUCCCACCCUUCAGACCAGCCGUGUCGCGAGCAGACGACGCCUUCUACUUUGAUUCGGAGUUUACUUGUCGCACACCGAGAGAUUCCCCCGGGGUGCCUGCCUCCGCCAACGCUCACGAACUUUUCAGAGGUUUCAGCUUCGUGGCGCCGUGCCUAUUGGACGAUGACAAUAAUAAAACCGUUACAAAUACAACGCAGAACAAUGUCGGGCAAAACAAUAAGACUUCCACUGAGGAGUUUUUGGCGGGCUUCGUUAAUAGGAAUAAUUUCUUUGAUGAAUACCGGUUAAUGGGUGAAUUAGGCACUGGAUCGUUUUCAGUGGUUCGUCUUUGUGAACACAAGGCGUCAAGAGUGCAAUAUGCCGUUAAAAUUAUGGACAAGAUGCAGUAUGACCCGCGCGAAGAAAUUGAGAUUUUAUUAAGAUACAGCCAACAUCCGCACAUCAUAACCCUCCGCGGCGUCUACGAAGAAGGCGCCCGAAUCCUAGCCGUCACCGAACUAUGCCGGGGCGGAGAAUUGCUCGAACACAUCACACAGCGGCGCUACCUGCCCGAGCACGAGUGCGCGCCCAUCCUGCGCAACGUGCUGCACGCGGUGCACUACCUGCACAGGCACACCGUGGUUCACAGAGACAUAAAACCAUCGAACAUCCUAUUCGCGACGGCUGAAAAAAGGCCCGAGGACAUCCGCCUGGUCGAUUUCGGGCUAGCGAAGCAGUUGCGCGCAGAGAACGGGUUGCUCAUGACCCCCUGUUAUACGGCCAAUUUCGUGGCCCCUGAGGUCUUAAAACGAGCUGGUUACGAUGCUGCCUGCGAUAUCUGGAGUUUAGGUGUGCUGGCAUACAUCAUGUUAUCUGGCAGAACACCGUUUGCUUCGACUGGAGAUGACAGCCCUGAAGCCAUUCUCACAAGAAUUGAGUCAGGAAAGGUUGAGCUGUCAUCCGGCGUAUGGCGCUCCGUGUCGAGCGAAGCGAAGACGUGCGUGCGUCGCAUGCUGCAACUAGAGCCGGCGCACCGGCCGCGCGCGCACGAGCUGCUGCGGGAAUCCUGGCUCAGCAGCUCCCGGGCACCUACUGAGGCGCAGCCACAGCCACAGCCGGACCUGGAGGACCCGGUGCCGCCUGAGGACCUGCGCCGGGCUGUUGACCUCACCUUCCAGGCGAUGACAUCGUCGCCGAUGACGCCGCAGGUGCUGGGCCCGGUGUCGCAGUCCACCCUCGCGCAGCGCCGCAGCAAGCCGCAGAGACGCUUCCCGCCUACUCAGCUUUAAAUACGGUAUACGAACUAAUAUUAAACAAGUCUUUACCACAAAAAAGAUCUCGAGGAGUUCCCUAAACUGCAUAACAUACCGAAAUACGUAUUAGAUCUAUUUUCGUCCCUAUCAUCGAUGGAUCAAGAGAGAACAAGCGUCCUACGCGCAGUUGUUUCACCGUUAGGGCUUGUGCACAAAUCACGCAAGGUUUUUUCGGCUACUUUUUGAACCCCCCUACACAAAAACACAAAACCUCACGUAUAUUUUUUUUCGUUCGACCUAAUUGUAAGAUAAAUAUUUUAUAAUCUAAUUGUAUAUAGUAAAUUUUGUUUAUUUUUCUAUAUCUUCUUGUGGUAGAUUUUUUUUUCUUAGUUUCGUUCACAGAAAAAUACACGUGAGGUCUUCCUUAUACCCCUCCUCCCCCAACGUGAUCUGUCGUGAUUUUUACCCCCCUAACGAACCUCGCGUGAUUUGUGCACAAGUCCUUCCUUAGUUUCGAAUGUUAUAUGUUGUAUCUUCGAUGUUUCUGGAUAUGAGUCAUGUGAUUGUGAAAAUAUGUAAGUAGCUUUAUUUAAACGGGGAGAAGGAAUCGUAUAUUUAAUUAUACGAACGGGUCCACCGCGAUUUAAUUUCAUUGUUCGUAUAAUUAAAUAUGUGUUCAAAACGCGAGAGUUUAAAGUGUUAUAGAACGAAUCGUAUUAUGAAUAUUAAUGUAAAAAAAUAAUCGCUGAAGAUUCUAGCAUAAUAUGAGUCGUAAUUUUUAUUUGGUAAUAGAACUUUUGUGAUUUAAUUAUUAGUGAAUUGAAAGGUAGAUUGCAUUUUCUUGUAAGACACAUUGCAGCAUUCCAUCCGUUUCCGUUUUAGUCCUUAGCAGAUUUAUAAGUAAAUGUGAAUGUAGUCUUCCUUCAAAAUAUUUGGAAUUAGUAUGUAACAAUUUUAACUUUAUUUUUUAGUUAUUUUACUUGCCCACCCAACGACAUAACUUGUCACUUUGUGCCAUUAUAUCUAUAUGCUACGAUCGAUUGAUAAAUUAAAUACAAAUUUAGUAGACCUACCAUAUAUUUUUAUGUUCUAUUUAUGUCACAAACAAAGUACCUAAAGUACAACGUUUAUUACUGGAAUAGCUUUAUUUUUGUAAAUUACAUAUAACUUCUUGACGCAUUCGCGGUACUUCGUCCCUUCCUUUUAUUUUACCUUUACUCUAGUGAGAUGUUGUUUAUAUUUUUGUAAGAUUUUGAGUAUUCAGUAGGUUUAAGGCUUAGAUAAUUAGUAUUAAGUAUAUCGAAAUACUUAAAAAGGGCUUUUAUUAACAUAGUUUAACUUUAGUAUAGGGUUCGUGUGUAUAACACAUCACAUGCGUCAAUCUAAUUCAUCUCAUCAUAUCUUCUCUUUGUAAUCAUCAAUUCACUCAUAUCAAGGCCUAACUUGCUCACAAAUGCAUAACUACUCGUAAUGCAAAAAUCUUCCAAAUUCUUUAAUUCUCAAAUAUUUAUUUUAUGUAUACAUAUUAUAAGUAUAAUUUAGAUUAGAUCAUUAGACAACCAUAAAUAUUUUUGUAUUAAGAUAUAUUUUUCUUGUAACCAAUUCCAUUUAGA